AUGAGCGACAUUCAAAAUAUUAGAACUAAUGCCAACGAAGGUAACAACAAAAACAGUAAAGACAACACAGACACUGCUACCACUACCACCGAAGGCAUUUUGGCUGAGCAACAAGAAUUACAAGAAGAACAAGAUGAUGAGGCUUCAUCCAACUUUAAGCCCACCAAAUUAAAUAAAGUUGCUAAAAAAACUAAAGUGAAGCCAACGUCAGCUAACGCUUCAAACAAUAUACCCUCAAACCCUGCUGAUAAUAGUGGUGAUGAUAUUUCUGGUACAAAUACAAGCACCUAUUCAAAGGGUAAAAAAAUCAAGAAGAAGACAAAUAAGAAACAGCGCUGUAAUUUAUCUGGCUGCAAUUCUCCAGUGGUUAAGAUUGUUGGUGACUGCCAGUUUUGUGAUGGCCAUUUCUGUUCCUCCCAUAGACUAUUAGAAAAACAUAAUUGCAAAGGCUUGAGCACUUGUAAGCAGGAAAUGCAUAAGAAAAACGCUGAUAGGUUGGCUAAGGAACAAACGAUAGUGGAUAAGAUACAAUUUUGA